GGCUCCAUGUCGCAGUAUCAGGACUCCUGGGGACUGUUCCAGCCAGAUAUACAACAUGGCCUCGAUAUUGAAAUGGAGCCCGUGGCUGCUUGCCCAUCCUUUCCUGAUCCAACCAACGACUUUGAUAGGAACAUUCCCCGCAUCUGCGGGGUCUGCGGAGACAAAGCCACUGGCUUUCAUUUCAACGCUAUGACAUGUGAAGGAUGCAAAGGAUUUUUUAGGAGGAGUAUGAAAAGGAAAGCAUCGUUCACGUGUCCAUUCAACAGCGACUGUAAAAUCACCAAAGACAACCGACGACAUUGCCAAGCGUGCCGGCUGAAGCGUUGCAUCAACAUAGGCAUGAUGAAAGAAUUUAUUCUGACCGACGAAGAAGUUCAGAGGAAAAGGGAGAUGAUAACGAAGAGGAAGGAAGAGGAAGCUCUUAAAGAGAGCUUGAAGCCCAAGCUGUCCGAGGAGCAGUUGCGGGUCAUUGAGGUUCUUGUGGAAGCCCACCGCAAAACGUACGACGAGAGCUACUCUGAUUUCACUCAGUUCCGGCCUCCGGUACGAAUCGAUUCAGGCAAAAGACGUGGGAGUCGCUCUUCCUCCUUCAUGACACAAGGGUUCUCUUCGGAUGACUCUUCAGACACUUUUAACUCCUCUCCAGAGCCCAGGAUGUUCCCGAACCUGCAACUGAGUGACGACAGCGACGAAAGUGCAUCCAUGUCCAUCGACCUCUCUCCUCUCACCAUGUUGCCUCACCUAGCCGAUCUGGUUAGCUACAGCAUCCAGAAAGUGAUUGGAUUUGCAAAAAUGAUUCCAGGGUUCAAAGAUCUAACAGCAGAGGACCAGAUUGCACUCUUGAAAUCUAGUGCCAUCGAAGUAAUCAUGCUGCGUUCAAAUCAGUCGUUUUCACUGGAGGAUAUGUCGUGGACCUGCGGCAGCAAUGAGUUCAAAUACCAAGUCAACGAUGUCACGCAAGCUGGCCACAACAUGGAGUUGCUUGAACCUCUUGUUAAAUUUCAAGUUAGCCUGAAGAAACUGGAUCUGCAUGAAGAAGAGCACGUGCUCCUAAUGGCUAUCUGCAUCCUUUCCCCUGACCGCCCAUUCGUGCAGGAUACGGCUCUGGUGGAGUCCAUCCAGGAUCGCCUUUCGGAAAUCCUGCAGACGUACAUUCUCUGCCGACACCCGCCCCCGGGCAACCGCUUGUUGUACGCCAAGAUGAUCCAGAAGCUCGCCGACCUGCGGAGCUUGAAUGAGGAGCAUUCCAAGCAAUACCGCUGCCUCUCCUUCCUGCCCGAGCACAGCAUGCAGCUCACACCGCUCGUCCUCGAAGUCUUCGGCAACGAGAUCUCCUGAUUUUUGUGGGA